UAUAAGUCUGUCCUGGUCUUUGGUCACCUGCCUCGAGCUCUGGGCAGACGCACGACUCCAUACAUCGGCUCGCCCCGAGAGAUUGGACAUCCUGGGGCCACGCGCACCGCAUUUCGGAUGCCGCAGCUGCUGGUUUGCUCGUGCAGCUGUGAUUGAGCGCGGCACUGUGAGUCUCAAGUCUGCGAGGCCACAGUGACGGGGCGGUCAAGGGCGUUGCUGCAGGCGCGCACACCGUCGUGCCUUUCCCCUGCGCCGCUGUGCCGUCCCCACGCCUCCUCACCUGAGUGCGAAGAAACCUUCUUGGUGCCGGCUGAUGGGCGCCUGACCGGCCGCAGCCCCCCACCGCCCCCACCCGGGUGGUCGUCAGCCCAGCGCGGCCAUGCAGGGCCUGCAGCAGCAGCCGCAGCAGCAGCAGCCGCCAGGGCCCAUGCAGGGGGCCGCCCCGGGCUACUGCGGCAGCGGCGGCGGCGCCACCGCCGCACCAGCUGUGUCGGCGGCAUCAUGGCUGCGUGAAGGGGUGGCGGCGACGGCGGCGGCGGGUCAGCCCCACAAGCAGCAGCAGGAGCAACACCUGCACCGUUACCAGCGACGUCACCCGGACUGCUAUGCAGCUGUCGACCCACCGCCGCAGCUGCAGCCGCAGCCAUGGCAGCCGUGUCAGUUGCCUGUGUCUUCAUCAACACCGGCAUCCCCCCCGCAGCCGCAGCUGCAGUCGCCGUGGCGCCCUCCACUGCAGCCUGCAGGCCCCCGCGGCCACCACCAGCACCACCACCACCUCCAGCGCUCACGCCAGCUCCCGCAGCACCAACAGCACCAACAGCGUUACCCCCAGCACCCGGCUUACCGCAUCAACCACCUGACCCAGCGCUCUCCGCUCGCUCCACUGAGCCCCCUCCACCCCAACCCGCACCAGCAGCCACGCCCCCACCAGCCGCUGACUGCCCACCGGAGCCGGCCCGCCAGCAGCAGCAGCUGCGGCAGCCUCAGCGGCGCCGCCGACCCUAGCUCACUGGCCCACACCCGCCUGCCGCUGCCGCUGCCGCCCACACCAGCACCAGCGCCCACAGCGCACGGCCCCCUCUCCUGCCCCAGUGUGGCACGACUCCCGCCCACUCUACAGGUGUCAACCCCGCCACCACCACCGCUGCCACCACCGCUGCCGCUACCACCACAACCGCAGCCGCCACCACCGCUGCCGCCACCGCCACCGCCACCGGCACCGCUGGCGCCGCCACCACCGCUGCCGCCACCCAGCAGGACACAGCAAACUACCGCAGCGGGACUGCUCAGCCUCAGGCGGCGCCCGCACCAGCCACAGCUCCAGCCGCCGGCGCUCCUGGCUGGCUGCAAGCGCCCCCGCACGCCGCCGCCAUCCCCCCUGCCACUGCCGCCGCCACUGCAAGUGCCUCAAGCCCCCCCAGCUCCAACACCACUGCCCGGCAGCAACGCAAGGGAGCCCGCCGCUGCUGCCGCCGCUGAUGCCGGCGCCAGCGCCAGCGCCGGUGCCAGCCUGCCCGCUGUGCCUGUGGACGGCGAUGGCGGUGACGGAGGUGGUCGCGCGAAGCGGAGGGCCCUGGAGGCGUCGUCGCAGGAGCAACCCCAGCUGCGGGAAGCACUGCCGCCGCCGCCACUACCUGGCUCUAGCCGGCAUUGCGCCGGACCCGCACAGGUGGCGGCGGCGGCGGCGGCGGUGAGGCGGGCGGUGGGCGCUGCAGCGCGGCCCCGGGGGCGUGACGGCAGAGGCGCCGCCGGCAGCAGCAGCAACCGCUCCGGGGGCGCCUCCAGCAGCCGCAGCCGCAAUGCCGGAGCUGUCAUUCGUAGUGGCGGAGCCAGCGGCCCAAGCGGCGGCCCAGCCUCAGUAAUGCAGGCGGUGGCGAAGGGGCGGGAGACGGCCAAUCAGCAGCAGCAGCAGCAGCCGUACUUCCACUGCCUUAGCUGUGGUCGCUACUGCUUCUGCCGACACUGCCACCAGAGCCCACCAGAAGCCAAGCGGCAGCGGCUUCAGCUGCCGGGCCAGAGGCAGGCCGCCGCCGCCGGUUGUGCAGGUGGCAGCGGCAGCGGCGCUUCCGGCCCGGCCCAGCAGCAGCAACAGGAGCUGCAGCGGAUGCAGGCGCCACCGCUGGCGCCGCCUCAAGCCCAGCAGCAGCAGCAGAAGCAGCAGCUGCAGCAGCAGCAUUCCUUGCCAGCAGCCCCUGCCCUGCCGGCACCGGCAUCGGCACCGGCACCGCAUCCUGCCAUCAUCACGGCCAUCACUGCCGCCGAGGCCCAAGCCGCUGACGUUGCCCAGACACAGCCGCCGCCCCUUGGCGCCGCCACUGGCGCCUGUGCCGCUGCCGCCACUGCCUCUAUUGCUGCUGCUGUUGCUGGCCCUGCUGCGCCGCAGGCUGCAGCUGCGCCAUGCCCACCGCUGCCGCAACUGCAACUGCCGCUGCAUGUGCGGGUGCGUGCAGUGCUCAGCGCCACUGCGGCACGGAUGCGGCAUGCGGCUGCAGCAGGGGGCGGCAACGGCGGCAGCGGCGGCGGCAAUGGUGGCGGCGGUGGUGGCGGCGGCGGGGGCCCGUACCCAGAAGCGAGGGCACGAAGGCCGCUGCUGCCAGGCACCGCCGUCGUGGCACCAGCAGUGGUGGCAGUGGCAGCAGCAGCAGCAGCAGAAGACGCCGCCGUAGCGCCAGUGGCAGCAGCAGCAGCAGCAGCAGCACAGGCAGCAGUGCCGCGGGAGGAGGGCGGCGCACUGCAGCGGCACGCUGAGGCGAGGGCUGAGGAGAAGGAGGAGGGGGAGGUCGAGGAGGGCGAGGCCAGCGAUGAGGUUGAGGAGGGCGAGGUGCAGCUCAACAGCAUACCCGCCGCCGCACCUGCCGUCACACCUGCGGUACUGCUGGCGGGCUGUGGCACCGACUCACGCAGCAGCCCCGCGCCCGGACCCUCGCCGCCGCCUCCUUCCAGUGUCGCGGACGGACCCGGCGGCCCUAGCCCCUGCAGCUCAGGCGGCACGGCGGGCGGGGCGCACCCGGAGGCGGCUGCGGCUGCUGGUGCGGCACCUGCGGGCGCCGCCGCGGCCCUGGCCCCAGAGGCGGCGCCGCGGGCAGUCCCCUCGGGGGCAGCGCCCGAGGCGGUGGGGCAUGAGACGGGGGCGGCGGCGCCUGGGCCCAGCAGUACGGGGCCAGAGCCGGGGUCAGGGCCAGGCGGCGGUGGGGUCGGGGCCCAGGGCCCGGGGCACACCCCACCACCCGGUGACGUGCCCUGCCCCCAGCCCUGCCCUGAGCCCUGCCCCAACCCGUGCCCGCCGCACCCCCAGCAGCCCCGCCCGCACCUGCACCGCCAUGCGGCUCUGGAGGCGGCACUGGCCGCGGACCUCCGGGCUCUGGCGGCGCGGCAGGCGGCGGGGCUGGCGGCGCUGGGGCAGCGGCUGGUGGGGCGGGCGAGGUAGAGGAAGGCGGGGGCGCGGGUGGGGGCCUGCAGUAACUUUUGUCUGCAGUGGUUGUCUCCAGUGAUUGCGAUGAGUGGUUGCGAGGUAAUGGUGGUAAUGAUGGUAGUUGUGGGGUAUUUCAAGCAGUAGUAGAUGUUUGAUCACGCGCCAGCAGCGGGACACACCAAAGUCGGGAUCGUGGUGUUACUCUUUUCGGGCCGGUGCAGGGCUGUACUGCAAUCCUGGUUUUCCAUCAAUCGGGCGCAGCAAAUGUCCCGCUGCCAGGAGCGCGCUUGGCAAAGUCGGGUUUUGGUUUGCGUGAUUCAAAUGUGUCGGACUCGUGCAGUGGGUCGGGGGGUGUCCCACGGGCCGCCGCCGGCCGCCUCCGCCGCCCAAUGUGGUUGACCGGGUCGGCGCAGCUGGUGAGAACGCCCGUCGGUCCGUGGACUUGUUUGGGCUCCAGGAUAUAACGCCCCUGAGACAU